GCCGAGCUCUCCCCGAAACCCCCCGGCUGUUAGUGCGGUGUGAGUGCGUGUGUGCUCCGGAGCUAGCCUCGGCACACAUUCUAUAAAAAAUUAAAAAUCCAAAAAAAAUUUAAAAACAUUUAAAAAACUCUUAAAAAAUUUUUCUUUUCUUUUUAUAUAAAAAAAAUCAUCGGUGAAGCAGGAGCUGCUCGGUAUCGGUACAUCACUGAGGAAGAAGUUAGCUUAGCUGAUCUGUGAAGGCCUGACUGGAACUGUAGCCAAUCCAAAUCGACAUUUUGAAAACUUGUAUCUUAAAAAAUAAAUAAAUAAGCGUCGUGGAAUUUCGAACGUCUUACAUUUUUCGAAUUUUAAGGUAUUUCGAAGCCCAGUUUUAAUUCGAAAUUCUGUUUUUUUCCCUCUCGGCUAAGCUAAGCUAACUGACAAACUCGCCGAAGAGAAGUCGCGUGCGCGUCAUUUCGAAUCAGCCGCCAGUCAGUCAGUCAGUUGUCUCCGCGCGCGCCGACCGCAGGUUACAUUUGCGAAAUUUAAACCCAAACAAAAACAAGCUCCAAGAUGAACCCCAGCGCUCCGAGCUACCCGAUGGCCUCCCUGUACGUCGGAGACCUUCACCCGGACGUGACCGAGGCGAUGCUGUAUGAGAAGUUCAGCCCGGCCGGCGCCAUCCUCUCCAUCCGCGUGUGCAGGGACAUGAUCACGCGCCGCUCGCUCGGCUACGCCUACGUUAACUUCCAGCAGCCCGCAGACGCUGAGCGUGCUCUGGACACAAUGAACUUCGACGUGAUCAAAGGCAGGCCGGUGCGCAUCAUGUGGUCCCAGCGUGACCCAUCGCUGAGGAAAAGUGGUGUUGGUAACAUUUUCAUUAAGAACCUGGACAAGUCGAUCGAUAAUAAGGCCCUGUACGACACCUUCUCUGCUUUUGGCAACAUUCUGUCCUGCAAGGUCGUUUGUGAUGAAAACGGAUCCAAGGGAUACGGCUUUGUGCACUUUGAGACCCAGGAGGCGGCUGAAAGAGCCAUUGAGAAAAUGAAUGGCAUGUUGCUCAACGACAGAAAAGUGUUUGUGGGUCGCUUCAAAUCUCGCAAAGAACGCGAGGCUGAACUGGGAGCCAGAGCCAAAGAGUUCACCAACGUUUACAUCAAGAACUUUGGAGAGGAUAUGGACGACGAGAAACUGAAGGAUGUCUUCAGUAAAUAUGGUAACGCUAUGAGUAUCCGUGUCAUGACUGACGACAGUGGCAAGUCCAGAGGUUUCGGCUUUGUGAGCUUCGAGAGGCAUGAGGACGCUCAAAAGGCUGUGGACGAGAUGAACGGGAAGGAGCUGAACGGCAAGCUGAUCUACGUGGGUCGAGCUCAGAAGAAAGUGGAACGUCAGACUGAACUCAAGCGCAAGUUUGAGCAGAUGAAGCAGGAUCGGAUGACGCGCUACCAGGGUGUCAACCUGUAUGUGAAAAACCUGGACGACGGCAUCGACGAUGAACGCCUGCGCAAGGAAUUCUCUCCUUUUGGAACGAUCACCAGUGCCAAGGUCAUGAUGGACGGUGGGCGCAGCAAAGGUUUCGGCUUCGUCUGUUUCUCCUCUCCUGAGGAAGCCACGAAAGCCGUGACGGAGAUGAACGGACGUAUCGUUGCCACAAAGCCGCUCUACGUGGCACUGGCUCAGCGUAAAGAGGAACGCCAGGCUCAUCUAACCAACCAGUACAUGCAGAGGAUGGCCAGCGUCCGUGCCGUACCAAAUCCUGUGCUCAACCCGUACCAACCUGCACCGCCGUCUGGGUAUUUCAUGGCUGCCAUUCCUCAGGCCCAGAACAGAGCUGCGUAUUAUCCCACCAGCCAGCUUGCUCAACUCCGACCGAGUCCACGCUGGACUGCGCAGGGUGUCCGACCUCAGCAUUUCCAGAACAUGCAAGCCACCAUGAGGCCCUCAGCCCCGAGACCACAGACCUUCAGCACUAUGAGACCUGCCUCUCAGGUUCCUCGUGUGAUGUCCACUCAACGCGUUGCUGCGCAGACAGUGGGUCCAAGGCCUUCGGCGGCUGCAGCUGCGGCGGCUGCGGCACCGGUGCGCACCAUCCCGCAGUACAAAUACACAGCUGGAGUGCGCAACCCUCAGCAGCACCUCAACACGCAGCCUCAGGUCUCCAUGCAGCAGCCUGCGGUGCAUGUGCAGGGUCAGGAGCCUCUGACGGCCUCCAUGCUGGCUGCAGCUCCACCUCAGGAGCAAAAGCAAAUGCUGGGUGAACGUCUCUUCCCUCUGAUCCAGAACAUGCACGCCAACCUGGCAGGGAAGAUCACGGGCAUGCUGCUGGAGAUCGACAACUCUGAGCUGCUGCACAUGCUCGAGUCUCCUGAGUCUCUGCGCUCCAAGGUUGAUGAGGCUGUUGCUGUGCUCCAGGCUCACCAGGCCAAAGAAGCUGCUCAACAGAAAAAUGUGACCAACUCCACUGGAGUGCCGAGCGUCUAAGCCGAGGGAGGAUCUUUUGAACUUGCUUCACCGAGGGGGGAGAAAAACCAUAUUAAACAUCGAAAAAACAUGGAAAACUGCAAAAAGAUGGAAAUGAUAUUUAAAGGAAAAAAAAAUAAUGGAACUGAACUCUGCCAGGCCUAGGGAAGAUGAAACUAGGUCUAGUCAAUUAUCUUUAAAAAAAAAAAUUUAAAAAAAGAGAAAAAUAAUUAAAAAUGAAAAAAUGGAAAAUUGGGGGUUUUAAAGAAAAUGCCAUAAAAUUAUAGAGAGAGGGGGAAAUUGGACCCUCUAUCAUUCCUUAUUUUAUUCCUUUUAUUCCUCGCCUGCUGUGUGUUCGGUUCUGAAGAUGAGAACUGAACCACAUGGGCAAUGUGAACAAUUCUGCAGAAUUGAAAUGUGCUUGCUCAAAUAAAGCUAAAUUCUGAGUCA